AUGUCUAGCAGACUACUGAAAAAGUUUUUAAAAGAGAAAACCAAAGAUGAAAUAAAAAAAAUUAAUGAAGAAGAAGAAGAAGAAGAGGAAAGUUCAUCUUUAAAAUUAGGGGAGAGGAAAAAAAAGAAAAAUGCUUUCACUUAUUUAAUGUCAUCAGAAAGUGAUGACAGUGUAAUAAGCCACAAUACAAAUGGUGAUAUAAAUAAUGGUGAAGAGAAAAAGAAUAGUGAACAUACAAAUUCAACAAGGAAACAAAAAGGAAAUAAAAAAAAUGAUACAUUCGAAAAAAAUAAUACAUUUGAAAAACGACUUGAUAACCAUUUUGAAACAACCCAAAAUGUGGAAGAGAAAAAAAAGAAAAAGAAAAAAAAAAAAAAAAAUGUAGACGAUGAAAUAUCCGAUAUAUUGAAUGAAAUAAAUAAAGAAGAGAAAAAAAAUAACAAGGGAAAAAAUAAUUUAAAUAAUCAAAUAUGUAAUAAUCAUCAUCAUCAUCAUCAUCAUACAGAUGAUAAUCCUGUAUAUAACAAAAUUAAUGUUUUACAAGGUGAAGGGGAAAAAUAUUUUAUGAACAAUGCUUUAGAUAAUGACAAAAGUAAGAACAAAUGUGAUAAUAAAAAUUAUUCUAAUAAUAAUUGUAAUAAUCAUUGUAUUCAUGAUAAUAAUGAAGAGGAAUCCAUGGAGCUUCAACUUUCUACAUGCACACAUGAAAAAUAUGAAUACUGCUUAAAAUUAGAAAAAAACAAUUUCGAUGUUAAUAUAGAAUUAAAAAGAAUAUUUGGUAAAAGUUUUGUUAAAGAAAAUAAGUAUAUUCAGAAAAGCAAAAUAAAAUAUUUGAAGAAUUGGAUAAUACAAGAUUUUACAACAAAAAUAGUUCAACCACCUUUAUCUAUGAUAUAUAAAGAUAAUGAAUUUAAGAUUGAAAAAAAUAAAUUAUAUUUAGAUGCUGAAAAUUUAUUUUAUUUAUUAUUAGAUACUCAUGAUAUACAAGCAAUGAAUGAAUUAGUAAAAAAAUAUCCAUUUCAUGUUGAUACAUUACUUGUACUAGCCGAAUAUUAUAAUGAAACGAGAAACUAUGAAGUUGCUAAUAAAUUUAUUAAAAUGUCUAUUUUGUUGUUACAAAAUAUUUUUCAUAUUAAUUUCCACCCAAACUUUUUAAAUAAAAAUUUUAAUAUUUUUAUUAAUCCAUAUAUCUAUGAUAAUAAAUGUUUAUUCAAAUCUUUAUAUAUGCAUAUGCUAUCAUUAGAAAAUGAAGCCUGUACAAUUACAUCAUUAGAAAUCGCAAAACUUUUAUGUAAAAUAGAUCUAGCAAAUGAUUUAUGUAGUAUAUUAUUAAGAAUCGAUAAUAUUAUUUUGAAAUGUAAUUUAUAUGAUUUCCUUUUAUAUUUCUCCUUUAAUUUUAUAAUACAAAAUAUCCAAUCUGUAAUACCACCUAACACAUAUAAUCAAAUAGUAACCUCCUUAAUGAACCAACAAAAUAGCAUCACUCCGAAUCACAUCGAAAGCAACCUACUUAAAAAUAACAUGGAUAAUAUAAAUAAUAUUAAUACAGAAAUUCAAGAACAUAAUAUAAAUAAAACUAACGUAGAAUCUAAUAAACAUGAUCAUAAUAUUUCUUCAAAUAAUCAAAUGUCAACAAACCAAAAUCAAUCAUCUACACAAAAAAAUAAAAAUUCUUAUAAUUCAAAUAAAGAACAGGAUACACAUACAAGUAAUUGUAAUGAAAAUCAUAUAUUAAAAAAUAAUUUGACAUCUUCAUCACAACAUUGUGAUAUUUUUAUAAAUGAACAAAACAAACAAUCUAUUAUUAUGAAUAAGCAAAACAAUUUAUAUAUCUUUAAUAACUAUGAACUUAGAUUACAUUUCAUACUUCCAAAUUUUGCUUUUGCUAUACCCAUGUCUUUAUAUUUAAAAAUGAAUACUCAUCUUAAUCUUGACGACAUCAAACUUAUUAAAAAGGAUGAUAUAAUUCAUUCUUUCUCAUAUGAAGAAUGUAAAUAUUUGAUUCCACAUUUUAAUAUAAGAUUUAUUUGUUAUAAAUCGAAUCAUCAAAUAAAUUAUACUGGAAAUCAAACAUGUCAAAAUAACAUACAUGAUACAAAACAAAAUCAAGAUAAUAACCAAAAUUAUUCACUUUCCUUCUGUGCACAUUUGUUUUUAAUUAGAGCACUCCUACAGUAUCCUUGCUUUUUAAAAACAUUUCUUAAUUAUAAUAAUUUCAAGGCAACAAAAAUUGUAAAACAAACAAUAUAUGAUUAUCUAUUCCAGGAUAUAUUAGCAGCGCCUCCGUUUUCAAAUACCCAACAACUGAACCGGGAAGAAUAUGAAAUUGUACAAAAAAUUGUAUCGUGCUUUUUAGAAAAAAAUAAUAUUUAUUAUAAAUCAGAAAAAGUUAUAACAUGGUUACAUGUGUGCAGUAGUUUCAUCCACGAGAUGUACAAAGACAAAAAGGUAUCUCAAGAAAUUGACGAGGUAAGAAAAGAGUACUGCCAAAAGAUUGCAUUAUUAGAUAUAAAUAAAUAUAAACAUGUUAGAGUUGGAGAAUUCAAAUCACACAAUUAUUUACUCCCUGAUUUUUUAAUGGAAAAAAAUAGAUCAUAUACUCCAAACGUAACUAACAGAGCAUCAGAUUAUUAUAUUUCUUUAAAUAGUAAUUUGUUAAUAGCCUUCUUUCAGAGUUUGCUACCUUGGUACCAAGUAGAUUAUAAUGGUACAAACUCCAGACCUGUCUAUUUCUCAACGUUAUUAAGAACAACCAUAGAUAAUAUCAAGCAUUUUUUUAAUUGUGAAUAA